GUAAAGCUAGACAUUCGUAAACAUUUGCCGAACUUCUCGUCAGCAAUUCUGUUACUUCAAGUGUGGAGCUGGAAAUUCUUCGCUGAACUUUAAGACAAAAAGUGGGAAAAGUGAGAGGAUAGGAAUUUUAAUUAAAGCAUUGCGUAAACGAUACGGAUAAAAAGCAUAGUUAAAAAUGUCGAAAUUAUUGGGUGUUCCCCUUAAGAAACCAGCAGAGGUGGAUAUUGAGAAGCCCCUCAACAAUCUCAUCCAAUCAACAUAUAGUGGUGCCUCAGCUGAAGCAAAAGAAUCCUAUAAAGCUGCCGUUCAACAAUUCGCCCGGCAGCGUAAUUCAGCAAUUUGGAAGUUUUUCGAAAAAUACGAAUCUUCAUUGGAAAUAGUUUAUGCCUACUAUGACCAGAUUUCGGCAUUGGAAACAAAAAUACCGGUUAAUGAGCUACAAAUACCAUUUAAAUGGAAGGAUGCUUUUGAUAAAGGCUCCAUUUUUGGGGGUCGUAUCAGUUUAACUCAUACAUCCUUGUCUUAUGAAAAAGUAUGUGUUCUUUUUAACAUUGCUGCUCUGCAAUCGCAUGUGGCUGCUAUGCAACCAAUGGACAGUGAUGAAGGAUUAAAACUGGCCAUUAAGUUGUUCCAACAAAGUGCCGGUAUAUUUCAGUAUUUGAAAGGAGCUGUUCCAGCUGCAGUUCCCUCUGAGCCCACGCCUGAUUUGAACCAGGAUACAUUAACAGUUUUGCAAGCGUUAAUGGUAUCACAGGCCCAGGAAGUUUUUGUUAUGAAAGCAAUAAAAGAAAACAUGAAGGAAAAUAUAAUUGCUAAACUUUGCUGCCAAUGCGAAGAAUUCUAUGCUGAUGUUCUGCGUGCCAUGCAAAAAGAAUCUGUACGCAAUUUGUGGGAAAAAGAAUGGAUACCAACAAUUGCUGGUAAACAAGCUGGAUUCCAUGCACUAACACAACUCUAUCAAAGUUUGAGCUGCCGUGCUGCUAAGAAGAUUGGUGAAGAAAUAUCUCGUUUGAGAAAUGCCGUUGAUCUUUUCAAGGCAGCGCAGACACGAUCUGGAAAUCCCACGUAUUUAGAUGAAUAUUUUAACAAGGCUAAGAGAAACUUGGCAGAGUCUGUGAAGGACAACGACUUAAUUUAUAACGAAAUGAUCCCGGACGUAACAACCUUACAGUCUACUGGUAAAGCUCAAUUGGCAAAACCUUUGGCCAUGUCAUCACCAAUGGCCAAAGACUUUGAUGAUGUAUUCAAGGGUUUGGUUCCCGUAGAAUUGCACCGUGCCAUGCAGGCAUCCGAUAUGCGCAAGAAUGAAAUUGUUAACACAGAAAUUAUGAAACUUCGAGAUGCUACACAAACACUGAAUGUUGUAUUGGCUAGCCUUAAUCUUCCGGCAGCGGUAGAAACCACUGACGGAGGGUCUUGUGUGCCACCAUCUUUGAUUGAGAAAGCAAACGAAGUACGCGAGAAGGGAGGCAUUGAUGCCCUUAAUGCCUACUUGAAGGAGCUUCCCGAGUUGCUUAAUCGCAAUCGUGAGAUAUUAGAUGAAACCGAAAGAAUGUUGGAUGAAGAGCGUGAUUCGGAUAACCAAUUGCGUUCUCAAUUCAAAGAGAAAUGGACACGUAUAUCUUCUGACAAAUUGACAGAAAUGUUCCGCACCAAUGCAAAGAAGUACCGCGAAGUUAUAAAUAAUGCUGUGGCCGCGGAUAAAAUUGUACGCGAGCGUUUCGAGAAGAACCAAAAGGGCAUUGAGCUGCUCUCCUUGCCCAUUGAUCAAUUGCAACAGGCUAUGCCCGCAUCUGGUGGCAGCGUAGAUCCCAACUGCGCAAGCGUACAGAAAUUAAAACAACUUAUGGAAUCAGUGGAAACAAUAAAAGCCGAGCGUGAUGUUAUAGAAUCUGAACUUAAGUCUACAACAUUCGAUAUGAAAAAUGAAUUCUUGGAAGCUUUGCGUAAGGACGGCGCUAUCGAUGAACCAGCAUUGUCAUUAAAACGUAUUGGUGAAACAUUACAGCCAUUGCAACAACAAAUUAAGGAAAGCAUUGAGCGCCAACAAACAUUGGUUUCUGAUAUUCAAAUCGCUCACAGCGAAUUCGUUUCUGAAACUGGUACCAGUAGUACUUCGAGAGAUACUCUAUGUCAAGAAUUGGCAACAGCCUACGAUAGUUUUAUCAUAUUGUUGGGUAAUCUCAAAGAGGGUACCAAAUUCUACAAUGACUUGACCGAAUUGUUGGUAGUAUUUCAAAACAAAAUAUCCGACUUCUGUUUUGCACGCAAAACUGAGAAGGAGGAAUUGCUUAAAGAUUUGACCACAGAAUCCAGUCGACAAGCUGCCGGACCAACUCCCACCCUACCAUCACAUUAUGCUUCAACUUCCGGAAGUGGCAGUGAUCUUCCAUCAUCGUCUCCACCCUCAACCGCACCAUCAGGAAAUGUGCCUUAUCCACAGGCAGUUCAGGGAAUGCCAAUGCCAUAUGGUGCCACAGCUAAUGUACCCUACCCAUCUUAUGUACCACCUCCAAUGCCGCAGGGCUUCAAUCCAUAUGCUACAUUGCCUUAUCCGGGCAGUUAUCAAUAUCCUGGAUUCCCUCAGGGCCCACCACCUGGUCACUAUGGCACCUAUCCGGGCAGCUUUGCUUCACAACAGCAGGGUGGCUAUCCAAAUCAAAAACCACCAGGCUGGUAAAUUAAGCGUUUAUAUUACUGCGAAUAAGUAGAUAUUUAUACCAAUAUCGAUUUAUAUAUUUGUUUUUUACAUUUUUAUUUUAUUAUUAUUGUCAAAAUUUAAUUCAUUCAAUGAAUUUUAUCAUGUAUUCUGAUCAAAUCACAACAGAACAGUUAAGUUUUACACAAUUCACAAUUCUUUGAACUAAGUUAUAAUCUCACAUGUUUGUGCUUAUAAUUUAAAACACAUGUAUCAAUGCUAAACAAUAAUAAAUGGUGUUUAAUGUAGGACAAAAUUAAAAGGCAACCAUUUAGUGAUUUAUUAUAAGUAUACUGAAUUUUUUAUGUUACACAAAUAUUCAUAAUAAAGACACAUACAUAUUUAUCUUUAAAAAAAUAA